GGAAGAUAGCUCCAGGGCCAGGACAGGGCGCUGCCCCGUAGCGGCCAAAAAGCAUGCUGCAUGCAAAUGAGGCCUCUGGGAGCCAAUCGGAAAGAAGGCCCUCUACUGGAGGACGCUGGAGGCCGCCAUGUUGCUGUACGGCUUGUCCCGUGGUGCCGGCCGCCAUGCCGCGGUACGCAUCUGGCCCUACUGCUAGGGGGCUGCCAUCUUGUGGAGGGCUAGAGGGGGAGCGGGAGCCGCUGCUGCACAGCGGGGCGGGAGCUGGGGCUCACAGGGGCUGGCCGCCCCGCCGGCUGGGCACGGAGCAGGGCAUUCGCCUUAGCGCGAUGAGCCCGCGCUACCUGCAGAGUAACAGCACCAGUCACACGCGGCCCUUCAGCGCCGUGGCCGAGCUGCUCGACAAUGCCUCGGACCCUGGUGUAACAGCCAAGCUUCUCUGCAUUGAUGUUGUGGAAAUUAAGGGAGAGCCUUGUUUAGCCUUUACAGAUAAUGGUGCUGGAAUGACACCUCACAAACUUCACCAUAUGCUCAGCUUUGGCUUCACAGACAAGGCAGCGAAGAAGAACCACCCAUCCAUAGGGGUGUAUGGCAAUGGCUUCAAGUCAGGUUCUAUGCGGCUGGGAAAAGAUGCCAUUGUCUUUACUAAGAAUGGAGGUGUACUCAGCGUGGGGCUCCUUUCACAGACCUACCUGGAAUGUGUCCACGCUCAGGCUGUUAUUGUCCCAUUGGUACCAUUCAGCCAACAAAACAAUAUCCUUCCCUGAAAAAGAUUGUAACAUCUAAGUGUGUCAGGGUAUAGACACAAAGGAAA